AUGAUAGAGUCAAAGUUGAAACAUACCGCAGGUGUAUUUUAUAAUUAGUCGACAUCUCUCCAAUGAAUUGAUCUUGCUUAUUGUCAAUCUUAAUCGAUUUUCUUGCUUUCUUUUUUGAUACAUCCAUAGACUACGAAUGGGCAGUAAAAUUGAAUCGGUUUAGUCUAAGUGCAAUAUGUCUUUGGCCUGCGGAAGAACAAGAUAUGAGAAAACAAUUUUGGAUUAAAGUACGUACAAUGGCAUAUUUCCUGCUAAUUACCUUCGUUUGUGCGAUUCCUUGCCUGUACGCUUUGAUCAAACAAUGUGACACUUUAAUGGAGGUGACGGACAAUCUUGCAUACAGCAUUCCUUUGACGAUAACGGUAAUAAAGUUUAUUAUCGUGUCCAGUAAGAAAGAAGUAUGCGUUUUGAUAUGGUUGCUAAUGGUUUUCCCGAGAUUCGGGAUCACCAUCCGAUACACAACGAAUGUUACCGACAUAAAGAAACUUCUCCCGUUACCAACUUAUUACAUGUACGACGUUACCGAAACUCCAUAUUUUGAAGUUAUGUACAUUAUCCAGUCUACUAGUCUACUGGUAGCGACAUUCUGUUAUACCGGGGUCGAUAAUUUCUUUGGAAUUGUAAUCCUUCAUAUUUGCGGCCAAUUAGAAAAUCUCCGUUUUCAUCUUUCAAACAUGAAAGAAUCACAGACAUCGAAACACAUUUUAGCAGCUAUUGUAGAAGAUCACAUACGACUCAUCAGAGCGAUUAACGUGAUAGAGAAUACAUCAACGCUGUUAGUUCUCGCGUUGUUAAUUAAUUUUGGUACGUGUGCUUGUAUCUAUGGGUUAUUGUUAAUCACAGUACCCGCUGGUAAAGAGGAAUUUUCUGUAGUUCGAGCGGUCUACUUAAUUUGUAAUUUUGCAAAUACAUUUCUUCAAACGUUCCUCUAUUUCAUGGCGGGGCAAAUGUUAGUAACACAAUCUGAGAGAGUACACGAUGCCGCGUACGAAUGCGAGUGGGUAAAUCUGCAAUCUAGGAAAGCGAAAAACUUGAUUAUAAUCAUGGCAAGAUCGAGGAAACCGCUUCAUUUAACCGCGGGAAAAUUAUUUCCUGUAACGUUGCUAACGUUUUGUAACGACGAAAACAUUGUAAGCGUUGUACUUAAGGAAGAACCCGGCGAUAGAUUUGAUCCAGACUACAUGGAGGACAUCUGCUCUGGGACAUUCGAGAAGGUAUUUUUACCUAUCGAAAAUAAUGAAGUUGACUUCUCUAAUGAAAUGGUGAAACUUGAAUUGGAUGGAGAAUCCAGUAGUCAUCAGAACUGGACGGCGCAAAUCGCAAGCACAAAUUUAUGUGACAAAGAAGAUGGUGCUAUGCAAAGGUGCUUAACGAAUGCAAACUUUGCUCAAGUGCAUGAUGCAGAGAAACAUUCUGGAUUUUGUCCAAAUGGACAGCAGCCGAAAUUUUAUAAAAUACAGUGUUCCAUUUGCAAGAAAUGGUUUUUAAAUAAUGAUUCCAUGGUCACUCAUCUAAGAAUGCACUGCAGUGGAAAUCAGUGUGAGGUUUGCCAACAAAAUUUUCAGGAUAGUUCCAGUUUACACGCUCAUAUGUUGACUCAUGUUGGGAUGAGUCCAUUGGAAUGCAAUGUCUGUCAAAAACGAUUCGCUUACAAAUGGUGUCUACGUAGUCACAUGCAAAUGCAUGUGCUAGAAAAACCGUACGACAAUGACACGUUGCAACAAGUGUUUAUGAAAAGACCAGAUUCUGAGCAUGAUCAAUCAAUGAGCACAGAUGAAAGAGUGUUUGAAUGUGAUGUUUGUCACACGACGUUCAAAGAGAAAUCUAGUCUAAACCGUCAUGUGCUUACUCAUACAGAGGAAAGACCAUAUAAAUGCGAUGUAUGUUUUGCAGCAUUUAGGGAGAAAGCAAAGUUGAACAUGCACAUGACGUUACAUGGUGGGAACAAACAGUUCAAGUGUACAAUGUGUCACAGAUCAUUCACACAGAAAACAGCAUUGAACAAUCACAUGUUAGCGCAUAGCGGUGAGAAACCUCAUGCAUGUAAUAUUUGUGAAAAAACGUACAAACGAAAAUCAGAAUUAAUAAGGCAUACGAUGGUUCACACUGGAGAGAGGCCGUACGAGUGUAAAGAAUGCCUAAUGACUUUUAGAGAAAAGGCAAAAUUAAACUCUCACAUGCUUGUACACACGGGUGAAAAACCACACGAAUGUCAUAUAUGCCAUAAAGCGUGUGCCCGAAAAUCCGAUCUUAAUAGCCAUAUGCUAUUACAUACAGGGGGUCAAUAUGAUUGCAAAGUUUGUGACAAAAUAUUUACCCGUAAAUCGGAUUUAAAUCGACAUACUUUGAUACAUACAGGUGAAAAGCCAUUUGCCUGUGAAUUAUGUAACAUGGCCUUUAGAGAAAAAACUAGAUUAAAUUCUCAUAUGCUUAUACAUACUGGUGAUAAACGUCAUGCCUGUCAUAUUUGUCACAAAACGUUCAAAGAGAAGUCUUCAUUGCGGAAACACAUGUUAAGUCACACCGGUGACAGACCAUACGAAUGCUAUGUAUGUCAUAAAGCAUUUACUCAGAAAACAACGUUAAAUAGUCAUAUAUUGGUACAUGCAGGAGAACGACCAUAUGAAUGUAGUGCAUGUCAAAAGAUAUUUAAGGAUAAAGCAACGCUGAAAAAACAUUUGUCUGUGCACAUAAAUGAAAAAACUCAUGAAUGUCUGAUUUGUUUAAAAAAAUUCACCCACAAAGCUGCAUUAAAUAGUCAUUUAUCGACAAAUCAUACAUCCUAA